AUGGAUGUUGAUUUAAAGUUCGACGAGCUCUGUAAAGAGAUAUACACAUAUUACAGCAACAAUGCUGUAAAAGCACAGGGCUCUCGUACAGCGAUCAUGUUACGCGCCACUGGAGAGCCCUGGAGCAGAGAAGAAAUCGCACAAUAUACGUCAUGCCGUAAUCCAAAUAUAACAUUUAACGAGUUUAAAAGGAUAGCACGCACCAAACGGUUUGGAGGACCAGCUGCAAGUGGGACUGCAGUAUGUUUAUAUAUCGGACGAAAUAUGUUACUGCAGGGUGCGAAACAAGCUCUCGUAGAUGAUUACGGAAACGUUAUCAACCUGUCUGUCAACGAAUGCCGAGAGAUCGUGGAUGCUUACAAGACCAUAGUAGAACUACGCAAAGAUGCCGGUGAUGAUAUGAACAACACAACCAUACAGCUCAACUAUCUCAAACAUCUACUAACACAUCUUGGAGAUGCCAUACCACAGCAUAUCCUCAAACUCAUCAGAACCGAUCAAUAUGCAUACAGAGGCACGGUUUCCAUCAGGACAAUGCUCAAAAUGCUGGGGAGAAGGGAAUAG